AAAAUACCCUGUUUAAGGGACAUUUUCAUUGAUUACCGUAACGUGAAGUACCUAUCUGAAAUUUCAUCAGAACCCUCAACGGUAAACUCUUGGUAUGAUGUGGGGUAUAUAUCUAUGCGUUUGCCAAGAACUCUCAACGCUCUUCUUCUCUCUCUUCUGUCGCUCUCCGUUUUAAACCUCAUCAAUCAUUUGAAAGAGAGCGAUCUACCGAUCCUCAUCAAUAUUUCUCAAAUCUUUAAAUUCCUUGAAGUUAUACUGAUCGUAUGUUUCAAAGAAAAAUACGCCUGCUUCUGGUUCCCCGGUUUGAACGAAGGCUCUUGAUUUGAGGUGAUAUUCGUCGUUCCUAUUAGUUUAUGCAAUUAUCACGCCAAUUACUUGAUCAAUUUCCAAUUUAAUGUGUUUUCUGAAGUGGGUUUGUAUCGUUGUUCGGUACUGUUGGUUCAAUUUCGAUUUAAUCGUUGUUUAUUUGGUGAAUUCUUUGUUUUGUCGUCGUGUAUGCAGUUGCGAAUAUGUGGUUGGUGUUUGAUGGUUGAAUUAGGGUUUCAAUUUUUGUGUGCGUGUUUUUUCGUGUGAAAAAGCAGCCCCCUUUUGCUUUUAGUAGAAAGUUCUUCAAUUUUGGUUCAUAAAAUAUUAGAUUAGGUCAGUUGUUAGCGUUGGAUGAAUCUUUGCUCUGGAGUAUCGGGGCUUUUCAUCUCAGGAAAAAUUUGUUGCAGAUACCUUGUUUUUGUGUAAUUGCCAUGAAUUUUAGGGUUACUCAUCAACAAUCUACUCUUGUCAUUUGGGUGCUACUACAACUGACUUGUAGCUUCUUGUCACCAAUUUAAGCCUUUUUCGAUUCAUGGCUACCAACGAGAAUCUUCCUCCAAAUGUAAUCAAGCAACUUGCUAGAGAAUUGAAGAAUCUUGAUGAAAUCCCACCAGAAGGAAUCAAAGUAGGAGUGAACGAUGACGAUUUUUCAACAAUAUAUGCUGAUAUUGAAGGCCCAGCUGGCACUCCAUACGAAAAUGGUGUUUUCCGAAUGAAAUUGAUUCUCAAUCGUGACUUCCCCCAUUCACCUCCUAAAGGUUAUUUUUUGACCAAGAUCUUCCAUCCUAACAUUGCCACGAAUGGUGAGAUAUGUGUGAACACACUGAAAAGAGAUUGGAACCCUAGUCUAGGGUUACGCCAUGUUCUAAUUGUAGUCAGAUGCUUGCUGAUUGAGCCAUUUCCAGAAUCCGCAUUAAAUGAACAGGCUGGCAAAAUGCUACUUGAGAACUAUGAAGAAUAUGCUAGGCAUGCAAGGUUAUACACUGGAAUUCAUGCUCUGAAGCCAAAACCAAAGUUCAAGACAGGGGCAAUAUCGGAAUCGACUGCUGCUCUAAAUGUUGACCAGACAAACACCUCAGUUUGUAGUGUUGACCCGAAAACCGCUGUCUCUGGAGCUGUAGUGCCGCCUCCUACGCCCUUGGCUCCUUCAUUGAACACCAUGAAAGCAGCAAGUGGUCAGGAACCGCCAACCGCCGCCUUGAACUCAAUAGUUGAGAUGGGAGUAAGUAGCGGAUCUGGUGGUGGUGCACCGCCACCAGCGGCGGCAGCACAUAAGAAGGAAGGUGGGUUGGCGAAAGCACAAGGGGACAAGAAGAAGAUUGAUGCUAGAAAGAAAAGUCUGAAAAGAUUGUAAUGUUUUUGUUUGUCUCUUGGUUUUCAUGUAUGAUUGAAUUUGGUGAAUGCAAUGUGCUUUUCUUGUUUCUGGGGACUUGAUUUUGAUGGAUGGGAUAUCAUAUCGGCUAUCAGCUAUCAGCUAUCAGCUCUAGAUAUGUUGUUUCCAUAUCAUAUGGUGUCGAUAUAUAAAAAUCCAGUUCCUUUUUAUCGGUUUUGGUCAUUACAUAAAUAUUCAGUUCCAUAUGGGGAUAUUAGGGAAACCCUCUCAAUCCCCUUUAAAACCUUUCCUCAAACCAAAUAAAAAUACUUUGUAUUCUAAUUAUAAGCCUUGUGAAAAACGUCGUGUAAAAAUAUAACUCCUUUUUCUGAAAGAUUUGCUAUGUUUGUGUUGAGCCUUUUGUAGGUUUUGGCC